AUGGUUCAACAUUUCCAUUUGCUGGUGUUGUUGGAGAAACUGGACUCCAGCUCUGCGGCGGGGAGUGAGGGCGACCUGGGCCCGGCAGACGGUCUGGGCCCGGCAGACGGUCUGGGCCCGGCAGACGGUCUAGGCCCGGCUGACAGUCUGGGCUCGGGGGGCAGCAGCAGCACGCUGGCGUCCUCCGUCAUCGAGGUGGAGGCCGAGAGGACCGAGCCCAGCGGGACGCCACAGCUGCACCCAAACCGACAGGAAGAGGAGGAAGAGGAGGAGGAUGAAGAGGCGUUGACCCCCCUCAGCCCUCUGCCCACGCUGUCCAUCACCGAGGAGAUCCUGGAGUUCAUCAACCAGAGCAGAGCCAGGGAGGGACUCACCGCCAUCCCCACCGGCCCACCGGAGCAGGCCCUGGAUGAGUCUGGGGGUCAGCUUCCAUCUAUCCAGACCAACUUCACCUGCCCACUGCCGCCAGUCACCUGCCCCUCCAGUCCACAAAGAAUACCCACAAUGCAUCAGGAGCAGGAAAGAGCAGAGUCGGAGAAGGACAGCGAGCUUCAAGGCCAGACCGGGGCCUCUGGAGAGGAAAACCAUCUUGAAAAUGAAGUCCAAGAACUUCCAGAUGCAACGAGUGAAGUGGAAACGGGUGUGGAGGAAGAUGGAGGAUCACAAAAAGAAGUGGUGGACAAAGAGAAAGAAGAGGUGAAAACAGGGGAUGAAGGAGAAGGAGAGAGCAUCGUCCCUGACGCAACGUCAGAUCUCCGUCCCCCAACCUCAGCGCAGGAAGACACAGAGAUCAGCAGCGGUUGUCUUUCACAAAGGGAAGAGGUGAACCCCGAGGCCACCGCUUCCUCCUCCCCAAAUCAAGAACUCCCUCAUCCCCCCAACCCAAGGUGCCAGCCCCCCACGAGAGGGUCCCACCUCACCAAGCGAGACAAGAAGAUCAUCGAAAAGAUCCGGAGUUACUACGAGGCGGCAGCCGAGACCGAAGAGACCGAGCCAGAGGAAGAGGAGCAGGGAGAACGAGUGGCACCAAGAAGGAGAAACAGUUUCUCACAGAUCCCAUCUGGCUUGGUGAAGGACUCGGUUUCCCGCUAUGGGGGGCCAGACGGCGGACAAUCCAAUUAUGAGACAACUGAAGCUUUUGAUCAGGAGACUGAUGGAGAACCAGAGCCCUGUUCCCCUGCUGGUCCUGUCUCUGCCCUUACUCUCUCAGCAGAUGCAGGGAAUGAUGGACGGGCAGAUGCACCAAUCAGCUCCUUGGAUUUGGAUGUAGAGGACCCAACCUCAGGAACCUCUAGCGUGAUGAAGGACAAAGAGACCCCAAACAAAGUGGGCCUGAAUCUGGAGUCAAACCCAAACAGGCUCGUUGGACAAGAGGCUGAGACGCAGGACACCAAUGGAAAAGUCUGCAAAGAACUAAUGGAGGAAAAGAAGGAGGUUCUGGUUUCUGAGGAGAACGGUGGAAAUGCACCUCGAGGAGAAGGACCACCUGUUAAAAACCAGUCCAAGUGCGGAGAUGUAACAAUCAAAACCAGUACUGGAAAUCAAGCUGAUAUGAAUAUGCAUGAACCUAACCCAGCAGAACCAAAUGGAAGCCACAAGGAUCCUCCUAUACCUCUGCCACCUACAGCACAAUGCAACAGAACUGAGACCAAAACUGAUUCCACUUGGACCAGAACCAAACCCAGAGACCUAGUCAGGACCAGGGGGAACCUUGAGGGUCUUCCCAGUCAGAUAAAAGUUGGUCGAUGGUCCCGCCACUCCAGGAUUGUCACUGCUAACCGGGUCUUGUUUGAGGGCAUGGGGUCGGAUGUAGCCGGCAUCGGGUUAUUUGAGGCUACCCCUGUAGUGGACCCCAUGCUGAUGGAAAACUCAGAGCGGAUCCUGAGCAAGGUCCAAACGUUGGCCCGGAUGUACAGCGCCAAAGCCAGCACCAUGAUGGUCCCACUACACCAGAAACGGGCCGGCGCUGUAUGGAACCCUACCCGGGACUACAGUAGACUGCCUGGCCACUCAGGCCAGACCCAAACCGAAAGCCAGACCAAGGUUCAGUCUCUGAUGCAAUUACAGACCCCAACUAAGGACCAGCAGCAAAGACAACACCAACCGGAAGUCAAUCAAUCACAUACCCACUCUAAGACCAAGUAUGGACCCAAAUCUCACUCUGAGACCAAAGUCCAGAUCCAAACUAAAACCCAGAACCAAACCAAGACUUACAGCCAAUUCCAGACGCAAACCAUGAGCCAGGAGGACCAAACAGUCCACGAGAAGAGGAUGAUAAAGAAAGCAGAAAGCCUCACCAAUGACCUUCAGGAGGAGGUGCUGACCCCCUUGGAGCCUCUGCCGUUUGGACAUGUGUUCGUCACAGAGCAGCUGACCCCGGCCCCCCCCCAGACAAACGGUUUCACCCUCUCCAGGCCCAGAGACUUCAUCUCGGCUCUGACUAAGGACAGAGACUCCAUCGUGGGCUGCGGAUCAGGGGACAACAACCGGACCUCCACCCGGCCUGAGGAAAGUCUACCAGCUUCACCAAGAGCUCCGUCGUCCAGUCCGGCUCAGGUCCACGACCCCAACCCCAACCCCGGGUAUCCCCCCACUGAUACUUCAUUAGGGCGUCCCCUCAGAAGUCCACCUGCAAGGCGCGGCUCCAGCUCGGACUUCCCUUGGAGUGACGGCCCGUUGACGUCAGCCCUGGACUCGGACUGUCGCGUCCCCGAGGUCAGGGACUGCUGCUCCAACCGGGACAAUCACUCAAGACCUGAAGAGAGUGAGAGACAAGAGGGGUGAGU